UUUUGUGCGCUCCGAGAACCCAGCAGAUAUUCGUUUUUCGUACCAGGAUUAAUAAGAUAGUCUGUGCUAUUCCUGUUUCGUAGUGCCACAUAAGAAGGAGCGCAGUGACCUGGGGUACGACAACUGGAAAUUCGUCCCCUAAGCUCAUAGGAGGGUCCUGGAAAAUUAUGGCAUUGAAGCAGCAGUCUCCAUGGAGGCCAAAGAGUAUCAUUCUGAGGAGUUUCACUGCAUUAACGGCAUUCUUUUUCAUCACCACCAUUUUGUUUACAAGUGUACUUACGAAGAUUUCAUCCUGCUUCAGCUCCAGUUCUUUUUCAACCUGCUUUAGCUCCAGUCCUCGUUGGCAAGCUGUUCAGGGUCCAAUUGCAAGCUUAUUUUCAUCAGAUCCUGCGUUAAAAGAUAAAUUACUAUUCAGACUUCUAGAUAUUGAUGCUUCCGUUUUCAAGUCUCCAGAGCUUUCAUCAGAUGAAAUGGCUGCUUUAAUAGAGAAAAAAGCACCCAAUCUUCCGGCUAGAUUUUGGGAGAAAUACAGUAAUAGAGGACUAGCCAAGAACAGUACCUGUGCUAAAUUCCCAUCUCUGUAUAAACUCAAAUAUGUUGAUACACACUGGCAAGAACUACAGACUGUUGAUGGACCCUUUUAUCUGUUUGGGGCAUAUUUUGAUAACAGAACUUUAGUAGAACAUGCUCCAUCAGUACGUAUUAUAGGUCAGAUAGCUAAAAUUAAAAUAAACACGACUUUAUUUUGUCAACUUUGGUUUGAAGAACACAAAGAACCAGCAUUUGCUCCCAUUUAUGAGCACAGAUAUCUUUGGAAUCCUGCAAUGGGUUUGUAUUACAAUGGUGUUUUGCAGCCAUACAUGCUUGCUUGUCAAGUACCUGCUGACUUCAAGCAUGAUGUGCCGCAAGCUGUUUCUGUAGUUGAGAGACCAUGUGACAUGGCCAAAACAAAUCUUAAGGUAUUCAACAAUUUGCCACAGUCUGGUCAUAAAGAAGAUUUUGCAGUCUGUGUAAAAGGAAUUAGUCUUCCAUUCGUUGAUUUCAGUGUUCGAUUGGUUGAAUGGCUUGAGCUUUUGUUCAUUUUGGGUGUAAACAAAGUAAUAUUCUAUGAUUAUGAUAUGCAUCCAAAUAUUUCCAAGGUCCUCAGGUACUAUGAGAAACAAGGACGUGUUGAAGUUAUAAAGCUGCCAUUGACUGGUGGGCAGCCCAAUGCUUUUGGCCUUUUGAAUAAGUACUUAAGUUUCAUUAGCUAUGGUAAGGAUCAUCAAGAAACAGUCCCAUAUAAUGACUGCUUCUUGAAGAAUAUUAACAGGUAUAAAUACAUCAGUAUCAUUGAUGUUGAUGAGAUUAUACUACCAAAGAACUCUUCAUCUUGGAAAACUUUGAUGGACGUUGUAGUGCCAAAAGCUCUGAAUGAAUCACAGGAGCUGACUCCAUCCAAUUAUGUUAUGAGACAUGUCUACUUCUUAGAUGAUAUGGGUCAUGGAAAUGAAACUGUGCCAAAUGUUCCGCGUUAUAUGCACAUGCUGCAGCAUGUAUACAGGUCUCCUAAUUAUAAUAAAAAGACGCAUUAUAUCAAAUGCUUUCAUGAUACAGAGAGAGUUUUGACAGUUCACAAUCAUUUUCCGUUGUCUUGUAUUGGCGGUAAGUGCGCCUCAUAUUUCGUUGAUACAGCAGAUGCUCAAUUACAGCAUUAUCGCAAGUACUGUAUAAACGGUUUGGUAAAGGUUUGUGAAGCAGAAUACAGAAACAAUAGUGUCCUAGAUACAACUAUCUUGAGAUAUAAGGAUACUUUGAUCUCAGGUGUCACUGAGGCCUUAUUAAAGAUGGGUUUCUUGGACCAUUUCUUGAAACAAAACUUCGAUGGGGCAGCAUCUUUGAAAUAAAACUGAAUGGGUGUAAUAUUGUCAUGUAGUUCCUACAUUUUAUAAGUUUUAUGCAGUAAAUUUCAUAAUUUUAGCAUGUAAAUUUUCAGUUUGAAGUAAAUACACAUACUGUAUUGCUGUUCUUAUUAGUUUCUUUGUUCAGUAUUGUCAGUACAAAAUCAUUUCGACAAGAGGACAGCUGUUAAAGUAGCUGUGUAAAGGGGAUACUGAUUGUGAACAACUUAGAAAUACUGUGACACUCACAAGUUUAAGAGGUUGUCAGUCGUAUAUAUUAAUUUCUAUAUCUAUUUCUUACCUGAUUCAUAUGUAUAUCCUAUAUUUGAUGUUCAGUGGUAUAACUGUUUCCCCUACCUGUAUUUUAUUAUGCAUCCCCAGCUUGGUUCCAGUGAGGCAAGACAUACUGGUAGCCAUCUUUCUUAUCUUUUACGUUUAGGUCUCUUCCUUCUAGGACUUCAGUUAGUCCGUUUUGUUGCUUAUGAGAUUGCUUAAGGUAUUUGACAGUUAAACAUGAAGAUUUUAACCAAACUUACUACUUUUGCCUUUUUUCCUUCCCUCUUAAAACCAAGUUUUAGUUUUCUGUAAAAGAAAACUAUUAAGAUGGCGCUGUGUGUCCGUCCACACUUUUUCUGUCCGCCCUCAGAUAUUAAAAACUACUGAGACUAGAGGGCUGGAAAUUGGUAUGUAAGUCAUCCACCCUCCAAUUAUUAAACAUACCAAAUUGCAACCCUGUAGCCUCAGUAGGUUUUAUUAUAUUAAAGGUUAAAUUUAGCCAUGAUCGUGCUUCUGGCAACGUAACAACACAGGUCACCAUGACCGGUGUAGAGUUUCAAGGGCCAUGGCUCAUACAGCACUAUACCGAGACCACCGAAAGAUAGAUCAAAUUUCGGUGGCCUUGAAUUAUAAGCUGUACAGAAAACUGUUGCGCCGAAGAAACUUCGGCGCAUUUUUUACUUGUUUAAAUUGAGGUGUCCCCUGCCAGAAGGGCAUAACCCAAAAUUUAGUAGUUUUUAGCUAGUGCUGGAUAUGGGCCCCAGAGGCCGCCAUUAAUCACGUGGUGGGAGUUUUCAGGAAGAAAGUGGCUCUGCGCCGGUGCUAAGAAGGCUUGAAAUCUCAUAUGUAUCCCAACCUGUUUCAAGCUAUAGGGUUAGAUUUUGUGUGGGGACCCAGAAGGACAUAUGAUUGAGCUAAUGGGAGAGCCGGCUCGAUACACAACCACACGGCAGCCAAUCCACAUGCAUUUAUUCAAAACUCCUAUGUCUGGAUUACACCCUUUUAGCAGGGGACUCAUUUUUGUACAAUUACAUGCAAGUUAUCAUUACAUAACUUUAAACCACAUUUACUAAAAACUUGUAUUUUUGGGUUACGCCUUUCUGGCAGAGGACGCCUAAAUUUAUAUUGAACCUCCCCAUCUUCAUUGUUUUCGCUGAUGGAUCAAUUUUGUCUUGUCUUUUCCUUCUUUAUAUGACCCCCAGUCUAUAUUGUCUCAGUUCACCUUUUCAAUUAUGAAUGACAUGUACCUCCCAGUCUCCUGUUGACUGCACUUGAUCUUAGUAUCCCAUUUCUUCUAGUAAUGCUGGUGUCUGGUGAUCUUACCUGAAUGGGGAUGUUAACUUGGUCAAUUCAGUGACUCCAUUUUUGUCAGUCUGUUUCUCCGUCUCUCCCAGCUAAAUAUUCACUUGCAUUCCUGUGAAAAUGUAUGGCUUCGUUAUGAAACUACCUGUUUUUUGGUAAAAGAAAAAGCAGAGGUUUGUAAAGGAAUCUGUGGAGUAGAACAGAAAAUAGAAAAGUCAUUAGUAUCACCACUACAAGUAGUUACACAUUACUUGAAGAGAGAACAUCAAAACACUUUUGUAUAUCCUGCUGAUAUACAAAAAUCCCAUAUAGCGUGGGCAUUACUCGGAGGUGGGCUGCAAACUCUGCAAUCAUCAGAGUAAAAUUCUCAACAUCCAUACCAGGCAAGACCACAGAGACAUAAAUUUACAAACUGUUUUUAUUAGGCGAAGACUACAAGUGGCUGCUGAUGUCUUUGAUUACCGACUUUGCUGUCUUGGUGAAAGAGGUUUUGCUACUCCUUGCAAUUAUUUUAUUCAUUUUUAUCUAAGCAGAUUUACUGGUUCAGUCUGCUAUAUACUGAAAGUGUUUACGAGUGAAGCAGUAACUGGAACCUUGGAACCUGAGGACGGAUUAACAGGUCGCAGGAAGAGCAGAGGGGAUCCACUGAAGCCAGUAACUUCCUGUCAUAGUAUGAAAACCAAGCUUGCACUCCUCUCUCAGUAUAUAUAGUAUGGUGUAGUUGCACUAUUCAGUUUCACUCAGUUUAUCAUUUAUGUGAAAUCUCAGAGUUGUUGAUGCUGAAAAUCAAAGAAAGAGGAGGAGACUAGAAGGGAAGGACUAAACUAAAGGUGGUCAAGUUGUAAGUGGGAGAAGUUAUGAGCCUGUUGUUGGUAAAAAAAAAGAAAGAAAGAAACUCUCGAUAUUUUGUAUGUCUGCAAAGUUGCAAAAAAAAAAAAUGGAACAUAAGUUCCUUGUAUUGUAAAGUUACAAUGUAUGUUUGUAGACACCAAGGGUGAACAAAGAAAAAACCCAAUAGGUGAUCAGCUACUGAUUUUCAUGUAAAGGUUAUUUUCAGUGUGUUUGGAGUAUGUGAAAUUAUAAUUAUACAUAGACUUGUUUGUUAAUCAUUCCAAAUAAAAGGAGAGACGCAAGAUAAUGCACAAAUUGGAGGGUAUGAAUAUAAAGGAAAAGCCAUGAGAAAAUUAUAGAAUAAACUAAACAUAGAUGAGUAAAGGAUGAGAAAGAAAAAUUAGUUCAACAAAAUGUACGAUGGAUCUAGAAAAUGGUAUUUUUUUAUAUAUGUAAAAAUCAACCACCAUCUGAGAGUAGAUACCCAUUUGAUUGAUCUAGACAAUCUAUCCACACGAUGGUCCUAUUAAGCUUUAGACCAUCAGGAACUUUCGAAUGAGGGGCUAGUGUCACCUGGCUAGUAUGUAAACAAAGCCUCUCUGUGAAUCAACCCCACCCUACCACCAAGUGUGGCACAGUUAGGACAUUGCUUCAGUGCCUAAUGGAAGAAUGAGGUUUUGUAAUUCAGCAGUCUGAGACAAGUUAGUCCAGUAUUCUGUUAACAAAUUGGAGAGACGAGGGGAAAUGAUGGCUAGGUUCAGCCAAAUGCUGGUAGUUUCAACUGUUUCAUGAAUAUUCUCAAAGAUAUUUUGAUAAUAGUUAACAGCUGGUCAGUGAAAAAGCACUACUUAAUAUCAAUUAAUGUUAUAGAUUAGCUGGAAAUUAUUAUCCUAAUCAUGUUGGAUGUAAUCAAAGUUACAUUUGAUGAUGAACUGAAACGGGUCUGUAGUAGCAAAGUGUAAUAGUGGAAAAAGGAUAGGGCCUUGUAGGAUGGCCCAUCCCUAAAAAAUUGAAUAGAAUUUCACCAGUAAAUAUUUUAGGUGACUUUGAAACAAACGCAAAAAGACGAACGCAAAAAGAUGCAAGGCAAAGAAACAGUUACAAGUGGUCACAUGAAAGGAAAAGAAAAUUCUUUGUGACAUCCAAUGAAGACAAAGAGAGUAGGUGGAGUGCAAUUAACUGCUCAGCUGAGAACCCAUUGGCUGGAGAGAAGUUUAGAGUGGAUCAGACGAGGGGGCGUUUCCUGUUUUUGUUUUGAAGAGAAGUCUAGGCAGGCGAGCAAAGCGCUGCGAAGAAUGCUCCAUAUUAGAGGUGUAUCGGAUGUCUGAAAAUUUUAUUUGCGGAUGCGGAUGCGGAUAUCAACUUUUUAAAAUUUGUGGAUGUGGAUGCGGACACAUAUAUCAAAAAAUGAAAAAUGCGGAUGCGGAUGCAAAUGCGGAUAUUUGAUGGCCAUACCCUCGCGGAUGCGGAUGCGGAUUUUAUGUAGGUCCAAGUAAUUUCGAUAUAUUUGCUUGUGAUAGACGACUUUCAGCCACAUAAUUCAAAGAAGAAAGAGAAUGGAUACAUAAUAUUUGCUGAACUGGUUGAACAAAACUGAUACUGUACUUAUGUGCGUAUCUGCUAUAUGCUUCCAUAUGAACGUAAAAAGUACAAACAGUACAUAAAAAGUACAAGCAGUACACAAACGUUUGUCGUUGUUUUAGCAAAAGGUUAUUUCAUACUCACUGCAUAAGAGUGACAAAACUCAAAGCCAAUCUUUGCUUUCAGAGAGAGAGAGAGAGAGAGAGAGAGAGAGAGAGAGAGAGAGAGAGAGAGAGAGAGAGAGAUUUCCAAAUAAACACAAUACCUUUAUGAUCAACAACUGCUAUGAGUGACAUGAUGAAGUUGCUAAAACAAAAUGUUAUAAAACAGGUAUACUGUAACUGAGUUAAUUAUAUCUUGUAAUGUGCAUCAUGUAUUCUGAAUAAGUAAAUGAAAAAGCCAAAUUUAGAAAAACGACCUCUAAAGUUACCUACAAUGUAUGAGUAUAUGGAUUAUGGACUAUUGAACACUGAGUAGGGGGUGACAUCCGCAUAUCCACAUUCUCCAACUGCGGAUGCGGAUGCGGAUGCGGAUGCGGAUGUUGCAUGUGCUGCCAAUGAGGAUGUGGAUGUGGAUGCAGAUGUUGAAAACUUGUCAAUACGGAUGUGAAUGCGGAUGCGGAGUUUCUAAAAAAUGCGGAUAAUCUGCGGAUGAGGAUGCGGAUGCGGAUAUCCAAUACACCUCUACUCCAUAUACUAUAUAUGAAAGUGCGAAAAUGUUUUGUCAUCCAGAGAGGAAUCAGAGCAUGCAUGACGUGGUUAUCAUAUUAAAACAUGACUCAAGUUGUCUUCUCCGAGCUGGUUGUUUGUAUCUCAGUAGAAUUCACGAAUCUCCAGAAUUCAAAGUAGUACCUGAAACCAGUUGAUCAUGUCCUCUAAAGGCCAACAUCCGUCGAGGAGAAGGUGGGCGGAGCCAAGUGAGACUUGUGGGCGGAGCUUCAGUGCUCUCAGGACCAAACUCAGUCAUGUUGCGAUGUUUCAUUUGCCCCUUUGCCACGAAGCAGUCUCUACGGAGAAAUGCCGCGAUCUUCUUCGUGUUGUGUCUUAUCUACCUGUAUUCGAGACAAUCAUGGCUUACAGACGAAGCCAUCGAGAGCCAACUGGCUGCUCUGAAGAACAUCUCCCUGGCGAGGAAUCUCGCCCCGGGUUUAGGCGCCCCCGGGAAAAAUAAGUCAGUCAUUGCUCAAAAGAAGGCUGCGAACGCAUCGUCAAAAGGGGUUCUUCCGUCUCCCGAUAAAAAGCUCCCUCUUCCCAACUCGUCAGCACAGGAUAGUGGGAAGGCCAAAGCCAAAGGAGAAAGCGCAGUGCCAACACCUACUCAAAGUCCUAAAAAAUUAGACACUCAGAAAAAGGCAGCAUAAAUUGAUGGUUGUCAAGGGAAUCUCAAACGGCAAAGGGCAAGAAGAAGAAGAAGACAAUAAUAUAAAAAGUGCGGAUGGAUGAAAUAUAAAAAAUUAGGGUCUUGACUUAAUAACUAUUGAAAGGAAUCGCAAAUUAGUAGGUUCCAUUGACUCACUGUGGAGCAGCAGAUUAAGAGAUGAUAGAACAGUUAGUUGUCUGUUAUGGAAGGCAAAAGUACUAAAUCAUGUAACCUUCUAGUUUCUUCUUGAGGUUACCUCCCUUCCCCACCAUUACCCUUCAGUUGUUCUACCUUGUAGGAGUUAUGAAAAUAGUUGAAUCCAAGCUUUUGUUACUGGAGGAGUACUUAUCACCCUGACACUUUCCUCAAUCAGCAGGAGGUGAAUGACUCGUCAGAAACAGGGCCAAGAGAGUAGGUUCUUUUGUCAUUCUCGUGAAUUGUUUGGAUUGCACUUAUGGGCGCUCGCUGCAUAUUUUCCAAGUGGGACCAAAUCUUAAUACAUACUACAUGGAUAGUUUUCGGUAUCAAGCAGACAAACACUUUUGACCCUUUCAACUAGCAGGCUAGUUCCAAAAACAGUAUCAGCGCCUGUAUUUCUUUAAUGAGUAAAGCAAUUUAUAUAUGUAUAUAUAAAAUUUUUUGCAUGAUUUCUCGGGGCGGGGUGCAAGUUCCCCCUUGUCCCUUACGUGCGGGCGCCCAUGAUUGCCUUGUCUGUCCUCACCCUUGCAAGGCCUAUUGUCUUCUUCUUCCUAGCUUAAACCUAUUUUUACAUGGGGUCGCCAUUGCGAAUGAGUCGUCUCCAUCGAUUUUUGUCCUGUUCCUCGUUCUCAUUUAUACCUUUCAAUACCAUAUCUUCCCCCUACACAAUCACCCCAUCUCUUUCCUUUCUUGGUCUUCCCUUCUUCCUUCUUCCUUCUACCCGGCACUUCCAUUUCCAUCGUAUGUCUUCCAACAUGACGUUCCUCCCU